CAGCAGGACGAGAAAGCAGCCAUGGCUUCUGCUUCUUACAUGGAGGAUUUGACUUGUUCUAUCUGUCUGACUAUCUUCACUGAUCCGGUGAGCCUUCUCUGUGGCCACUCUUUCUGCAGAGAAUGUAUCACCAUCUCUCUGAGCAAAAACGACCAGUGUCCACAGUGUCGGACAACUGUUCCAAAAGAGGAGAAAUAUCUCCCAACCAGCCACAUUCUGAAAAGCCUUGCUGACAAAGCUAAAGAAGCUGAGACGAUAAAGAGAGAACAGGGAGAUGAGACCACAGGGGUUGCUCAGUCUUUGUGCCAUGAGCAUGAAGAAAAGCUGAAACUGUUCUGUGAAACAGAUCAACAAUUAGCCUGCGUCAUAUGCCGAGAUGGGGAAAAGCAUGAUGGACACAAAUUUAAACCAAUCAGAGAAGCAGCUACAUCCCGGAGGCGGGAGCUGGAGAAGGGUAUGGAGCACCUUUCUGAUGACAUCCAUACCAUAGAGAGCUUAGCCAAUACACAGAGAGACGAAAUAACAAAAACCCAGGUGAUGUCCCAGCAGCUGAUGACCCAAAUCAGCACCCAGUUUGAGGAGAUGCAUCAGUUUCUGAGACAGAGAGAAGAGGAGAUAAAGAAUGAGCUAAAGGAGAAAGAGAGAGAGGCUGUAGAGGAGAUGACGGAGAAGUUACAGGCGAUGGACCUGGCGUUGUCUGAGAGUAGAGAGCUGCAGGUGAAGGUGACAGCAGCUCUGGAAAUUUCCGACUCAGUGAAGUUCUUGCAGAGCUGGACUGAAGUGAACAACAUGCUGACUCCAGAGUGUUUGUUCAGGCCCAGAGCAAAUGAUCUGCCGGUGGCCCGCACUUCUCUGAGUUUGGGUCCUUAUGAAAGUCACCUGCAGUUCUUUGUGUGGAAGGAGAUGCUUCAGGUGGUCAAGCCCCGGGCAGAGCUGCUCUCACUGAGAAGAGAAAAUACAUGUGUAACUGUGUCUGAUGACGGACGCAGUUUGCUUUGUACUCAGCCUUGUUGCCUUUCUGGCUCUAAUCUGUAUCAACAGUAUAAGUAUAAUACAGAUUUAUAUGGCUCUGCCCGAGCCAGGAGCUAUGUCUGUGAGAGACACUCUGGACCUCGAACAUGUGGUGGUUCAAAUCAGACGUUCAGUGUCAAUAAGUUCAGCUCAGGACAGCAUUACUGGGAGACAGAGGUUGGACUGAGGAGUUACUGGGAAAUAGGGGUGAAAGGUCAUUUCCUCAAGUAUGAUGGCCAAAAAUAUGUCAUCUCCAAUGAGUCUUCAGCAACGCAGCUGAAAUUUACAGAUAGACCUCAAAAGAUUGGGAUUUACCUAAACUGCUCCUCCAAGGAGCUUUCCUUCUACGAUGCAGACAAGAUGAAACAUGUUCAUACUCUGAGCUCAAGUCUCAUGUCCCUGCCAGUGUCAGCUUAUUUUAACACUGGACCCAGUAAGGACAUAGAUCGUAACCCUCUAACAGUGUGCUGGUACUGAGCAGAGGGAUGCUGGACCACAAGGAGCUUGGGCCUUUGUAAAU